AUGAUCUCUCACGUCCACCACCACCACCACCUCGACCCCACUAUGAGGACUAUCGACCCCUCGAACGUGACCAGGGAAACGAUAGGAGAGACCUUUCGGGUUAUAGAGCUAACCCUUCCCGACGAGAGGAGCUUGAUCGGCAAGAAGAGCGUCAGCCACGAGAUCGCGAUGAUUACUAUUGUGACUACCAACAUGCUCUGGACUUUCACCGAGCACCCUAAGAUGCCCACCAAGAUCGUUACUAGGAUCAAAGGCAUUACCUAA